AUGCCCUACAACUGCUGCUCUGGCAACUUCUCCUGCUCCCUUGGAGGCUACCAGUGCUACCCAGGCUUCUCCUGUGGCUCUUCCUACCCCAGCAACCUGGUCUACAGCACUGAUCUGCUCUCCCAACACCUGGCAUGUUGGCUCCUCUUUCUACAGUCAGGAGGCUUGCUGUAA